AUGUUGGGUGAUCCCUCCUUUGUCUUUAGCUCUUUUGCAAGGUUCAGGAUUUUCACCAGCAACUUAGUUGAUGAAACUUCUAUAGAUGUGAACUGGAGGCAUUCAUUUUACUUGAAUCUAAUUGCUCAUACAUCAUUCAGUGUAACUGUUGCAAUUUGCAGUCACCAGGAUCUUCUGAACCAUCGAGCUAGGCAGGAUACACCUUUAUCCCCUAUAUAUAAGGUUGUGAACACUGUUUAUGCAUCCCCAAGUCGUGUAAAUUUUCAAUUGGACCCUGAAAAGGAAGUGGAAACGACUCCUGCUUAUCCAGAUAUAUGUUUUGCAAUUGAUGAUUUUGACUCCACUUUUGAUGUUGUGGUUUUGACUGAAAAAGAUCAUUGCUAUUGUGUAGUUCUUAACGCACAUGAUGGGGCAGCAUUUCCGAGUGAAAAGGUGGCCAAUGAUUGUAGUACUAGUGAUAGCUCCUCUUUGCCAGUCCAUUCUAGUUCUGCAAAGAAAAGGAAUACAAAGCUUACACUUUUAUCAGGAUUUGUCAGCUAUCAGAUGGUCCGAGAUGCUUAUGAUGCUGGUAGGUCUCAAUUUGGGAGCCUUUUAUCAGUGGGCCAUUCUUCAGGCAAAACAGACAGGAUUUACAUGAAAGGUCCUGGAGGCCGAGGGGAAGUUGAAGUAGUUGUUUCUAGUGUUGCAGAAGUGGCCAUGGAAGCUGCAAUAGCAGGUGGCAUUUCAGUUUUGGAGAUUGUGGUGUCGACCGCAGGUUCUAUAGCAACUGGUGAAGGAGCAUCCUACAAUGGCCCUAGAGCAUGUUCCCUCAACUCAUGA